UAGCAAGCAUUUCCUUUCUGCUACACGCUUCACAAAAGGAUCAAGAGUUUUUACGAUCAAAAGGAAUAGAGAUUCAUAGCCAAAGGGUUUUAAGGCGUUGUUGGGUAAUUAUGGGACGAGGAAAGAUACCCAUCAAGAGGAUCGAGAACCAGACGACUCGACAAGUCACCUUCUCCAAGCGCCGAGCUGGGCUUUUGAAGAAGACUCACGAGCUCUCUGUGCUCUGCGAUGCUCAAAUCGGCCUCAUCAUCUUCUCCAGCACCGGCAAGAUGUGCCAAUACUGCACUGAACCUUACAGAAUGGAGCACAUCAUAGAAAGGUACCAGAAAGUCACUGGGACUCGCAUUCCUGAGCAUGACAAUCGAGAACAAUUGUACAAUGAAUUGGCAGUGUUGAGGAAAGAAACACGUCGUCUUCAACUAAGCAUGAGACGCUACACUUGUGAGGACAUGAGCUGUAUUCCAUACGAAGAGCUUGAUCAACUUGAACAAGAACUUGAGCGCUCGGUCAACAAGGUCCGAGAACGAAAGAAUGAGCUCUUGCAACAACAGCUGGAUAACCUUCGUAGAAAGGAACGAAUUCUCGAGGAAGAAAACAACAACAUGUACCGCUGGAUUCAAGAAAACCGAGCAGCAAUGGAGUACCAACACGUAGGAAUAGAAGGAAAGCCAGUAGAGCAUCAGCAAAUCCUUGAUGAAUUCCCCUUCUAUGGAGGAGGAGAACCUAGUAGUGUGCUUCAGCUUGCAACCAAUAUUCCUCAACAAUUCUCCUAUCAGCUCCAGCUUGCUCAGCCCAACCUUCAAGAUUCAAAUGUCUAGUUUUUUGCAGCCAUGCAUGAUGAGCAUUGAAUGGAUUUCAGAUAGAGUGAGCAUUCGGGGUCAAGUUUUCUGUUCUUCUUAUAAAACCUAUAAGAGACGUAUCUGUGAUAUAUUUGGUUUAGGGUGUGUGCUUUCGUUUCAUGUUUCUGGAGUUAAACAUUCAACUAAAGAUUAAAUACCCCAUUUCCAUGUGUU